UACUUCACAUUGUCGGACAUGAUUCCACAAGUUUUGAGGAAGUUGUUUGGAUGAAAACAGCCACGUUUUGCCUCUGUCUAGCUUCUCUCCAUCUGUGUGUCUCUCUACUUUCUUUUGAUUGGUCGAGCCUGUGGUGAUAUCACAGCAGAUGAGCAGAUGGUGUGUUUGUGUCUCAGGGAACUUGACACGUGAGGGAUUGAUUUUAUACAGCGUGCACCAGUUAACAUCACAGGGAUUUACUGUGGAUGUUAUUUGGCACAGGAGUUGUCAUUGUGUCUAUUUUUGUUUGCCUGUGUGUGCGAGACAGCUCUGACACUCUGUGUGUGUACGGGAGGGGCAGGAUAGACAGUGAGCACAAGGAAUGCUGAGAUCCAGAGUUAAGUGUAUCUGAGUUCAAAUCCAGGGCCAGAGUCACGGGACAGAGGGUGAUGAGGCAGAGUGGGUGGAGGCAGAGUGGAUGGAUAGAGGAUGAAGACGGGACUGUUGAGAGGCGAGUCCAACGGCCAUGCCGGUUUUAAACAUCCACAAUGAGGAGGCUUACGAUAACUUUGCUGUGGAAGGUGAGUGGAGGCGUCGUCAUGCUCGUCGUGUUGCCUGACAGGCUGUAGAGAGAGAGAGAGGGAGACAUGUGAGCCGGUGUGACUGCAGCGGCAGCUCGCGUCAUGUCUUCAAGGUCAGGCAGAGCGUGACAGGGUGGAGGAGAGAGAGUGUGUGUCUGUGUAUUACAGUACAGUGGUUCCUACCACUGUGAUUAAAAUCCUUGAAAGACAGGAAGUAGACAAGUCUGAAUCAAUGCUUGUGUGUUUACAUUCAAAUAGGCUGUGGUAUGCGGAGGCGGUGCUGACGGUUGAAUCGACUUCCUGUUUAGUUUUUUCUUACGCAAGCAAGAUUGCAAAGCUAGAAAAUAAAUUGAAAAACAUAUUUCCUCUCUGCAUUUGUCUUCUUUGUUCAUUAUAUUUUUUUUUAAUGAGAUCUGACCAGAUUUCUAUUAUAUGUGUAUAAAUACAUUUCCUCUGCACGUUUUUCCUCUCACACUCUAACUAACUCUAACUCUUUGCUAAUGUUUGACCUAUAUAACUGUUGAAGUUUUCAGAGGAAAGUUUCCCUUCUUGCACAGACUAUAGAAGACGAUUGUGCAAACAGUGUCGCACGUGUGAGAGAAGAGCUACAGUAAGGGAGCCUCAGUUUCACAUUCCUGCUUGUCCGACUUGUGCUGUGUAAAAUCCAACGUGGCCUAUUAAUAGCACUUGACGUCCUUGCAGAGCCAUGGCAUGUAAAUAGGCAGAUGCCCCCUGGUUUAGUUUCUCCUGAGACAAACAUGUAUAUGAAGAAAUGCAGAGGAAUACUCAAUGUAGCGUGGACACACUAAGACACUGGUUGACAUAUAUUUCAAAACUCCUACAUGGAGCUACAAACAUCUCAAGUAUCAAGUGUCCAGUUUUUGUGUCAUGUUGUGAAAUCAGAGGAGGGAGCUGUCUCACAGAUGUGGCAUGAUGCUAUUUAUAUUUUGAACUGUAGCUUUGUGUAAAUGAAGUUUAUAUUUGUUAGAAUACUUAGAUAAUAGUUGAGUGAGGGUGUGAUGUUGUUUCUUAUUAUUUUGAGAAUCUGUCAGCUUCAUUUUGAUGUAGAUUUUGAUGAUGUAUUCACCGUGGAAAAAGAUGAGUCAGAAUGUUCCCACGUGUACAGAUUUCAGAGGAUCAGUCUGUAAUUGGUAUUAAUGCUCUGUAGUCAGCGCAACCCAUCAUCUGACCUUGUGCGUUUGUGUGUGUGUACACAACAGUUAGACCUAUAGAACAGCUACUGUACAAUAUAACACAAAAAGUAUCAGUGUACAGAUCCUUAAACUUGACCUUUGUCUCCAACUUUCACCUUUUUACUGAGCUGAAUUAAUAAUUUGAAUUUUUAAAACUUGUUUGUCAUGAUUGUGUCUUACAUUGUGCCUUUUAAAUAAAGAAAACGUACCUGCAGCUGGUGUAUUUUAAAGUUUAUGAUGUCAAAAGUCCAAUCAACCUCAAAUAAAAAGGUCAUUAGUGUUUCUUCACUAAUCACCCUCUGAUCAGUGUGUGUGUAUCAAAACGACAGUAGUCAUUUGAUAUCUCAUUGGACUUUGCAGUUAUUUAAUGUGACCAGAGUUCAGUCCUUUUCUUUUGCUCUGACAAACCUUCUUGAGAGUAUGAUCCCGUCUGUGUACGUCAGUGUGGGACUGAACUUGGAUUUAUAACUUUAGCUAUUAAAGUCGUAGAAUAUCAUCCAACCGGACUACGGACAGAAUUUGUACGACAGCAACACCAUACUCCUCCCAGCAGGUAAAGAUGUGUGCGUGUGUGUGUGAGCACAUUAGGAGAUAAAUGUCGUACUGUUACAUGUGCGAUCACAUGCUUUGCGUAUAUGUACCGUAUCUGUCUUCCUGUGUAACAAAAGAUCGCAGUGCCAGCCAGAGUUUAUUUUUAACAGCUGAUUGUUGGAGGAGAGUGCAGCGUCCAGAUCAAGAGGUCAGUGUUGGCCUCUGAUUACUGGACAACAGCUCUCAUCCGUUUGAGCAGCUGCUGCACUUGAUGCUGCCUCGGCGUUCCAUUUACAUUUAAUCCUUCAGAGUGAAAGUGAUAUUGUUUUUAUCAGAGAAGUUAAAGCUACAACUACAGUACGAAGCAACAUUGAGGAGAGAGAAAAUCUGUUAUGAAAACAUUUUAUAGAGGAAAAGUGGUAUUUUUAUCUUUAGUUAGGUUACAGGCGAUUACAGGCUGAGACCUAAUAGCUGUACUUAACAGUCUUAAUUUAACAUUUAGUAAAGAUGGAGUGUAAUGGCCUUAUUGGAUAGGAAAAAAAUCUGAUAUUUUAAGAAUAAUGUUGUAAUAAUACAAGAAUAAAGUCGUAAUUUAAUUAGAAAAACAUGUUACAAGAAUUAACUAUAGUAAUCAUUGUUAGUUGCAGUGUCAAUUUUGUUGUGAAUCUUUGUUGAUCAAAUUCAUAAUACAUCAAAGAAGUAGAACAUUUCAUUUCAUUUUGUGUGGUCAAAUAUGUUCCGGAUAUGCUAAUCUUCUCCUCAAAUCACAGCUGGAGUGUGAGGCGCGUUGCUUCCCCUGUUAAAUCAAAGCAGAUGGUUCAGUGAUGAGAGAUGACACUUUUCUUUGCGCAGGUGGAAGUGGGAGCGGUGCAGCGCCGGUGAAACCCACUCAGUUCUCAGUGCCGAUCGUGUGGAGCAGAUGACCAAAACUUACAAUGACAUUGAAGUGGUCACUCACCUUUUGGCCGAGCGGGACAGAGACUUGGAGCUGGCAGCUCGGAUCGGCCAGUCCCUCCUGCAGAGGAACCACCUGCUGCAGGAACGCACUGAGGCCGUAGAGGAGCAGCUAACACAGGCCCUGGACCAGGUUCAUCAGCUGCAGCAUGAGCUCAGUAAGAAGGAUGAGUUGCUGCGGAUGGUGGCCAGUGCCUCGGAGGAGAGCGAGACCGACUCCAGCGUGUCGACUCCUCUGCAACAACCUAAGCAGCCGGGGGGAACUGCCGCCGCAGUUGCACUCAGCCAGCUGGAGUGUCUGCAGAGCAAACUGCAGGACCUGGAGGACGAGAACCUGGUGCUGAGGUCUGAGGCAUGUCAACUGAAGACAGAAACUAUCACGUAUGAGGAGAAGGAGCAGCAGCUUGUGAGCGACUGUGUCAAGGAGCUCCGUGAGUCCAACAGCCAGAUGGUGUCUCUGACAGAUGACUUGUCUCAGAAGAACAUGGAGCUGCUCAGACACCAGGAGGAGAUCGCUCAGCUGCUCUCUCAGAUAGUGGAGCUGCAGCACAGAGUGAAGGAGCUGGCGUUGGAGAAAGAGGAGCUGAGGAUCCACCUGCAGGCCUCCAAAGAAGCUCAGAGACAGCUCACAGUAGAGCUGAACGAGUUGGCAGAGAGGAACGUCGAGUGCGUCGAGAUGCUUCAUGAGUCUCAGGAGGAGAUCAGGGACCUUCGCAAUAAAAACACGCCCUCUACUGGAAUGCGAAGGCACCUGUCUUACGGCCUCUACCCCAUGGACUCCCUGGCGGCAGAGAUCGAGGGCACCAUGAGGAGAGAGCUGAGUGUGGAGGAAGAAACUGCCUUCGAGGACCAAAGGGUAUCCCAGAAGCGAGUCUUCCAGACAGUCCGCUCCGUCAACACCGUGGCAUCGCGGCCAGCUUCAGCCACUCCUCCAAUCCCUGGCUCAGGACAGAGCUCUCUGGUGAUGACUGCACAGCCUUUCCAGUCCAAUCAGGGGGAGGAGGUGCGUAUGGGGCAGCCCGGCUCUCCUGGUGGAAACGACCUCACCAGAGCCCUCCACCGUCUGUCGCUGCGGCGACAUAACUUCCUGUCUGAGCGUCAGUUCUUCCAUGCAGAGCGCGAGAAGAAGCUGCAGUCCCUGGCAGGGGCGGAGGCAGAUGUAGAGGGCAGCUGCUGCAGCUCACAGACGGGCAGCAUGCACUCUUCUUACUCCAACCUGUCAGAGCUCUCAUUCAGCUCCUGUAUUUUUAAGACCUUCCUCCCUGAGAAGCUUCAGAUCGUCAAACCCAUGGAAGGUUCACUGACGCUCCAUCACUGGCAGCAGCUGGCCAAACCACACCUGGCCACCAUCCUGGACCCCCACCCAGGCGUAGUGACGAAGGGUUUCCGGCCGCUGACUCAGGAUGCUGUCUACCGCCUGUCUGACAUGGAGGAGGAUGAGGAGGACGAAGAGCGCAGAGGGAAAAGCGUCCUUGAGAAGGGGGCGGCAGAGCGGUGUAAGGAAGUGGAGGAUGAGGAGGAAGACGACGGUGGGAUCACCUUCAAGGUGCGCUACACAUCUACGCCUGAGGAGAGGAAGGGCAGAAAGCAUUCGGUGUCUCCUCUUCCUGUCCCACCUCUGUCGCCCACAAUGGUGACAUCGCCCUCCUUGGUUCAGUCGAACAUCUGUCUGACACCUGCACUUCAUGUCACUGACACAUCCAGCCAUUCAUCUCAGCCCAUUCCAACAACCUCUACAGCAACGGUCCAAUCACAGAGUCAGAUCUGCACCUUAGUAUCAACAACAGCAUCUUGCUCUGUCCAAAAUCCAGGAAAGUGUCAGAGCUCCACCUUCUCCACCUACACCUUCACGACCUGCCGCAUCCUGCACCCCAGUGACGUCACACAGGUCACCCCAAGUUCGCAGUCGUCUAUCAUGGCCAACACUCCGAGCUCCAUGAGGACAGGUCCCAGUACCCCUGUGACCCCCUGCAGGCUGAGCCUGGGUGACUCCUUCCCCCCUCGACGCCCCCCGGUGCCUACCUGCAGCCUGGCCAAGCUGGUCCUGGAGAGGGGCAUUUCUGCACAAGUGUCCACUGACACCCCACCUUCAUCGCCGAAAAGCACACAUAGGCAGCCCCUCUUCCGUUUCCUCCCAAUCACGCCAGCCAACUCCCCCUCCCACUCGCCUUCUCACUCUCCUGUGCCCUCAGAAUCUCGCCAGCACCCCGCUGACAAUUUCCUCGCCUCGCGACCGGCAGAGCUUUUUCUCCAGGACGUUUAUGGGCUUAAUCUUGGCCGCGCCCCUCAUCCAGACCUACCGAGCCCCUCCCAGAACACCCCAGCCAUCAUCCCUUCACGCCGAGCCAGGUCCGACCCAGUCAACGUAGGACUGGUGGAGAGGCUGCGGCGGCUGGGAUUCACGAAGGUGCUCCACGGCUCUGAGUCCGACGCCUCAGUGCUCCGCCAGGAUUCUUCCACUUUUGUGUCGGCGGGCGGAGGGAGCUUAUUGGACGGCCUGAGGCGCAACCAAAGCCUCCCAGCCAUGAUUGGCGCCAGAGCUGGAAAGACAGCUGGUAACCCCAAACCUCCACUUCACCCAACCUCCCUGGCCCUCCCCCCACCACCAUGGGGAAACCUUAAAGAGCGGCGUCGGCAUCUCCCCUCCGUCUUUCACGUUCCAUCAGGUUCAGCUAAGCGCUGAACAGGAGGUUGGACUGGGAGGAUUCAGACUCCAGAAUAUAUAUAUAUAGCCUCUCCUACACCUCCAUCCCCUUGCUCCUCCCCUCAUCUCUCCUCCUUUCUGCCUCUGGAGAGAUGAGUCAAGACAUCAGUGGUCAGAACAAUCCCUCCUUCUUAUGACUUCAUUUAAAAGCACAAUUCAACUUAAUUGACUGUUUUUAGCGACACCACAGUGUCUGUGUGUAGAUGUUUGCUAUGAUGCUAGAUGUUAAGGCCUCAGCCUAUGAACAGGUUAUUCAUCUCUGUUCCUUCUCAGUCGUGUAUGAAUUAGGCCCUGUAGUUUUCCUGCGAGGCUCUGGAUGUUCAGGCGCAGGUAGAGCGCAGAAGGGAACUGUAUGUGGAAGAGGGUUUGUGGAAGUGGAUUAGAAAAGAAGAUGAUGUACAGCGGAGUGGAGCGAUGAAGACAGGAGAGAGUGGUCGCUGCAGGUUUAUUCAUGUUAUAAGAGAAAGUAAAAGAAGUUGGAGAAAGAAGGAUUGAACAUCCAGAGUCUUGCUUUUUCAAGGGCUUGUUCUAUAGUGGGCUGGAAAAGCUUCAGUCUGUAAUAACACAGCAUCAUGUCCGCUGGUUUAAAGACAUCUCGCCUCUCAGCGAAUUCAAACAUCUACAGUCAGGAGAGAAGGGAUUCAACUUAGGGACUGGAGAACUUCAAGUGCUGGCUUGAACAACAUACUGCCAGGCUCAUCCCAUGGUCAGGUCAUGCAUCUAACAUGCCAGUAUUAAUGUUCUAAUAAUUUUAUAAUAGACCAUCGUUGCACAGAUGUCUGGUGACUGUCCAUUUGCCCUGCGUCAGGCGUCUGCAUGACAAGUGAAGUGACCUUGCAUUGUCCCAGCAUGCACCUGUUGGCAGAUGGGGGGGGGGGGCCCAGGCUGAAGGCGAGGUGAGAACCAAAUCAGGCAUCAGGUAAAAAGAGAUCUGCCUUUUCCUUCAGGACCUUGUGUUGUGUGUGUUUUUAAUGGUAUGAGGCCUUAAGUAGAAGCUAGCACUGUUCUGGGUUUGUUUCUGUAAAAAACCAUGUUUGUAUGUAGAGUAUCGGUUGCACUCAGUGGGAUGUGGAGGUCGGGUUCAUUUGAAGGAAUCACUGCGUGGUUAUUAUCAUUUCACUACAACCUUGGGCUUUAAAAGAAAGGUCAUUUCAGCCAUGGUGUUUCUUUCAGGCCUGGGAGGCUUUCAGGUUCUGUCUGACACUUGAUUUUUUUUUUGUACGUCACAUCCAGGUUUAUUAUGAGAGGUUGUUUUCUGUUUAAAAUUGGGGGUUGUAUCAUAUGUGGUUCACACUAUAGGUAUGAACUCUAUUAUACCACAUAAUCUCAUGUUUAGGUUAAAGGAAGCUUUGAGCUUUGUGCUUGACCCCUGUGACCCUUCAGCCUCCCCCCCCCACUCAGUUACUGCACUUUUAUCUUCUUAUUUAAGUUUUUGUUUUACUGACAUUACUAUUUGAAAUUUAUAUAGAUUUGAACAUGUUAAUAAGAAAGUUUAGCAUAACGGGUGCCUGUUGUAACAAUGUCGGCUAACAAUUUAUCGUAAGAUUUUAAUAUAUGUAGCAUUUUGUUCUUCUUUUUUUUUUAUUUGUAUUUUUCUGCUUUUGUAUGUAGAGGCCUGCAGAAGGGAAACCAAAUCCAUCCCAAAGUGUUGUUAUAAUUUCUUAAAAGAAAUGGAAUGCUCUGACUUACACGUACACGUGAGACGUUCUGUGCUCAUUAGCUGUAACAUAUUUAACAAUGGAAGAAGAGCUUUGGUUUAAUGUUUUUGUACGUUUGUGAUUUUGGAGGGAAGAGGGAACAAGGCCCAUUCCGACUGUUCAUAUCCUAAGAUUAGUCGUAGUCACAUCUCCUCCAUUCAGUACAGCAGGAGGUUCAGGUUUGUGUCUUUCUUUAGCUCUACGCUCAUGAUCCUCUGUAAACUACUGUUGGCUUUUAUUCGGCUGCCUCUUUUUUUUAAAUAAAGCAAUGGAAACAAA